GUGUGUGUUGUUGUUUUUUUUUUUUUUUUUCAUCUCAUGCUUAUCGUCAGUGUGUCCUUGGCUACACAGGCAAGCAGCAGGUUAGCUAGAGAGCUACCACUGGAUUUGACAGCCUUAGGGACCCAAACCGGAGGGUGCCAUAAUUGGAGCAACUUCACUUUUGUGUGUAAAAGUAUUUUCCCGUAAGGAAGGAUGGCUUUCUUGCUCAAGAGUAUGAUCGGUAACCCACUGUCAGGAAUGGGCCUUGGUGGUGGAGGUGACAAGGAAGAGGAGGCCACCCCCUCAGACCCAGCCAAAGCAGCAGGGAUGACACGCGAGGAGUAUGAGGAGUACCAAAAACAGUUGGUAGAGGAGAAGAUGGAAAGAGAUGCAGAUUUCUUGCACAAGAAGGCAGAGAGGGCCACACUCAGGGUGUGCCUUAGAGAAAAGUACAGGCUCCCAAAGAGCGAACAGGAUGAGAACAUGAUUGAGAUGGCCGGGGAUGACGUGGACGUGCCGGAGGAGCUCCUCAAGAUGGUGGACGAAGACGCCACAGAGGAGGAGGGCAAGGACUCCAUCAUGGGCCAGAUACAGAACUUGCAGAACAUGGACAUGGACCAGCUCAAGGAGAAGGCCUCAGCCACCGUCACCGAGCUGAAGAGCAAGGCGGAGGAGAAGUGCAGCGUCAUGUGAGCGGGCAGAGGCGGUGUCCAGCUAAUGCAGAAGGAAAAGAAAGGAAAGGGGAUGUAACACAAAGAAAACACACAAUUCCAACCCUUUCUGGGAACGUACAGGCCACGAUGUGUUAAAAUAAAAAUAAAAUAAAAAAAAAAAAAGGCUGGGAUUCAGAUAGCAUGCCUACCAAGGUAUUUACUUUCAUCAUAAACACUUAAAAAGGCAAAUAAUCAUCCUGCUGCAAAACCUUUAGCACUGCUGCACUAAAGCAUUAUAAGAUUAUUGCUGACACAUUGCAUCUACUCCCACAGAGGGUGCGGCUGCUUCUCUGUUACUGUAUUUGGAAAGUAAUUUACAGCUUAUCAUGGCAAUCUUCUAACAGUUUCACAAGUGAAUCACAUCCUGGGUGCCCCGUCACUCCCUCAUGGCCAUUUCUGUUAGAGAAGUGAUCCCGUUCACAGAGCGCCAGGCCUGAUUUUCCCGGGACAUUCCUAGCCGAGGCAUAUUGUUGAUUUCUCUCCACAGCUCUCUCAUACGGUCAGAAUGCACAAAAUGUAUAUUUGCUUUUUUCUUUUCUUUUUCUUUUUUUUUUUUUGAAAGUGAGACAGUUCAGUCUUGUAAAAGUGAGUCGCUCAUUCAGAAACAAUAAACACGGUUUUUAAAAGCAAGCCCCGGUAAAAGAGAAAAAAAAACAAAAAACACAUGAUCCCGUCUAAGUUACUUGUUUCAAUAGCCCUCUCUCCUCUCUCCUUUUGAUUUGUUGAUGUUAUUCUAGGGUUUUUGUAUGUCGUGUCUGAAAAAAAUGAUGAUAUUUAUUAGAUGUUUUUUUUUCUUUCUAUGUUAUUACAAGACUGACAGUCCACACAUGGUUUCACUUCCAGCAAUUGUCAAUAAAAUGUGUACAUGUUUUGCAGACGACUCCACACAUCUUUUACACGACAGUUGACUCAGACAGAGAUUACGUAUUUGCAGAUUUGCACAAAUGAGAAUUUGGAAAUACUGGACACCCAUAUUCCAUAAAGAAAAAAUAAACAGGACAUAAAUACUGAUAAAAUAAAUGGAAGUACUUCAAACUGAGAAUAUAAAUGGAUUGUUAAAAUAAAGUUGUCUACUGAAUACA